AUGGCCGAAACGAUCGCUGCCGACCGAGUGGAAGUGUUUAACUCAACCAUACUGGUCAGUAGUCAGACAGUAGAAAAUCCAGUAAGAGCAAACCCCGUAAAUGCAGGCACUUGGGAGACAGAUAUCUUUUGCAAUGCGAAUGAUAACAUACGACGGAUUACUGAUUUGUCUUUGUACAUAUAUGUACGCAAAGCUCAACAUGCUCUUGCAUACGAAUCACUCGUUCCAAACUCUGAAACUCCUGCAGUCGCCAUCGACUUUACGACAAUAUUUGGUGAUGGUUUUGACCCCAUAGCAAAGGCAAAUAAUAAAGCGGCCACUGAUCAUUCAGAUGGCAGCAACAUCGCCCCUCGUCAGCCUUUACUAGAUGCAGAAGAGUGGUUUUUAACUGAGGACGAAAUUACCGACUCACGCGGUGGCGUCCCGCGAAAGGAUUUGUCAGUGUACACCACUGGCAAUAAGGUUACGCCGUUUACGGCAUCGAGGGAGUUCUACGAUGCCGUAUAUGACGACCUGAGUAGGACGAAAAAAGGAGACCGAGUCAUGAUGACCUCCUGGCUAACGACUUUAGUCCCACUGAAGCCAGAAAGUGAUCCGUCUGGAGCUACAACUGGUGUGAAAGAAGUCAUUGCGGGCGUCGUUAAGCGUGGAGGGAACGUUAAUAUUUUAAAUUGGGCAAAUAUUGUCGCCGGAUAUUCAUCCUCGAAUGUAAAAGCUCGUGAUGCUAUUAACAAGAUUCCACCUUCUCCAAUCAAUGGUGCAAAAGCAGUUCUCAUUUUUGAUGAUCGAUUGCCGAGUCUUCUAUCAUCUCACCACCAAAAGACCAUUGUCAUUGCGGCCAAUAGAUCCACAAAAACACUAGACCAGCCAAUUGCGUACAUUGGUGGACUAGAUCUUGCAUUUGAUCGAUGGGAUACAAUGCACCACAACCAGACUUCGAUUCGUAAGAACGCUAAAAUCUCCCAUGACCAAAAAGGUUGGAUAGAUGGUCAUGUGCGUAUUCAUGGUCCUGCUGCCAAAGAUGUUGCGAAUAACUUUGUCGCCCGAUGGAAUAUCGACCACAUACCGUGCACAAAAUUAGAUGAUGAUCUCUAUAACUUUGAAAACCCUGCGUAUGAUAAAGUUCCUCCACUAGACUACGUCAGUAGUAACAAAACCGGGUUGUUUGGCUCACACAGCAUCCAGAUCACACGGACAUUCAGUUGUAAGGGCGGCUAUUACAAAAGUUUCGCCCCCCUUGGAGAGGUGUCGCUACUCCGUGCACGACUCAAGGCCAUCAAGAAAGCCAAAAAUUUCAUUUAUAUCGAAGACCAAUAUUUUCUCUUUGUUCCAGAACUUCUAGAUGCACUCAUGGAGGUGUUGCCAAAGAUUCAGCGAGUUGUUGUCGUUGCCAAUCGACAAACCAAUCCGUUUAAAAAUGCUGGCUACAUCAAAUACUUUUACGAGAACGUCAAGCCAAUUCGAACGAAGUAUCCCAACAAGUUUAAGAUCUAUGCAACCAAGUCGGAACGCGAUCUCGUGAUCAACACGAAAGUUGUCAUCAUUGACGAUGUCUAUCUGUCAGUGGGGUCAGCAAAUUGGAAUCGUCGCAGUAUGACUUCCGAUUCGGAACUCGGUGCAGAAAUCGUCGAUACUGAAACGGUCAAGUCUCCUGAAGGUUUCAUUGUUGGUAAGCUGCCACGUGAUUUUCGUAUCCGCAAGUUUCAAGAGUUGACAGGUCUUAGCUACGAGGCGCUCGAUGCUAUGACAUUUGUCGAGGCUGCAGACCGAUUUCCUCAUGCAGUUGCUGACCCCUCAAGUAUCCUCGACUAUAAUAAACUCUAUCACCAUAUGUAUAUGUACUUGUUUAGUGCCACGGAUUUGAUGCGAAAUGUAGCAGACCCGUACGACACGUGCACGUAG